AUGGGUCUCUCCAGAAAUGAAACGUUGUGGUGUGAGGAUGAACCGGACCCGAACCGUACACAAAACGAGUCUCUCCGCCCGGAGGUGGUGAUCGUCCCGGUGAUCUUUGGCUGCAUCUUUUUCUUAGGGAUUGUCGGGAACACUUUGGUGAUGGUGGUCAUCGGGAGGAUCAAGUCGAAGCGCUCGAGAAGCACCACCAACAUUUUCAUCCUCAACCUCAGCAUAGCAGACCUUUCGUUCCUUCUCUUCUGCGUUCCUUUCCAAGCCACUAUUUACUCGCUCCACGAGUGGGUUUUCGGCGCCUUCCUGUGCAAGUUCGUGCACUACGUGGUCACACUGUGCAUGCUGAUGAGCAUCUUCACGCUCGUCGCGAUGUCCGUGGACAGGUACGUGGCCGUGGUGCUCUCCAAAAAGUCUCCGUGCAUACGGAACCGCAGGAACGCGCUCGCCGGGGUGUGUGUGAUCUGGGCGCUGUCGUUCGUCUUCGCCGUGCCCGUGGCGCAGCAUCAGAUCCUGACUAACCACCCAGAUGCCCCGAACAGCUCCUUCUGCUGGGAGAUCUGGCCCGAACCGGUGGCCAGGCGCACAUACAAAGUGACCAUUCUGGUCAUUGGGUAUCUGUUACCACUGCUUCUGAUCACAUGCUGCUACACCAAGGUGUUGUAUCAUCUUCAUAAAAAAAUAAAGAAUAUGUCCAGGAAAUCUGAACACUCAAAGAGAAAGACAGCACAGACCGUGCUGCUGGUUGUCGCAGCAUUCCUCUUCUGCUGGAUGCCCCAUCAUAUCAUUGCCAUGUGGGUGGAAUUUGGAGAAUUCCCUCUGAAUGAUGCCUCCUUUGUGUUCCGCAUCAUGUCGCACUGUUUGGCCUAUGGCAACUCCUGCGUCAACCCCAUCCUAUAUGCCUUCCUCUCUGAGAACUUUCGGAAAGCCUGCCAGCAAGUCUUCACCUGCCGUCUCUUCUACUCGCCCCCGCCGGUGAAGAAAAUAGCACGGAUCAGGAUGGAGAAUUUUUCCACCACACACUCCACCAUCAAUUUGUGA